AAGAGAGCGGAAAAGAUGACUGUUUAUUAAGUACGAGAGUUUUGGAAAAAACAAUAGAUUUGCUUCAAAAGGCAUCUAAAAGGAAAACUUCAAUGACGAACUAUUUUAAUGAGGUAUCUCGUGUGGAAGUCAUGGCACCAGGUCGGGAUCAAGGUAGUGGAGCGGGCGGGGCCGGCGGUAAUAAAGGCCCUUCUUCGCUCUUCAUUCUAAGCGAAGAUAAUUGCAUAAGGAAGCACACUCGCUUUAUAAUCGAGUGGCCUCCCUUUGAGUACGCUGUCCUUCUCACCAUUAUCGCUAACUGCGUAGUGCUCGCCCUCGAGGAACAUCUCCCCAGCCACGACAAGACUGUCCUCGCGCAGAAGCUAGAGUCCACGGAGAUCUAUUUUCUUGGAAUCUUCUGUGUGGAGGCGAGCCUCAAGAUUCUCGCCCUCGGUUUCGUCCUGCAUCGCGGCUCCUAUCUUCGUAACAUCUGGAACAUCAUGGAUUUUUUCGUAGUGGUAACCGGGUUCAUCACGGCGUUCCCGCAUGGCAUAAGCGUGGAAAUGGAUCUGCGCACGUUACGUGCAAUACGCGUGUUGCGACCGCUCAAACUAGUCUCCGGCAUACCGAGUCUCCAGGUGGUGCUGAAGUCUAUUAUCAAGGCAAUGGCUCCUCUUUUGCAAAUCGGUCUAUUAGUUCUUUUUGCUAUCGUGAUAUUCGCCAUCAUCGGCCUCGAGUUUUAUUCGGGAACGCUGCACAAAACGUGCUACAGCAUAGAAAAUAUCAAUAUAAUGGUGAAGGAAGGUGAUCUACCAAAUCCAUGUAACACAGAUAAUCCAAAGGAGGCGCCGUUAGGUGCCUACGUAUGCAAUGCUAAUACUUCGACUUGUGCUGAUCUCUGGGAGGGACCAAAUAACGGCAUCACUAGUUUCGACAACAUCGGAUUCGCCAUGCUCACCGUUUUCCAGUGCAUCACUAUGGAGGGUUGGACUGCCAUAUUGUACUGGACUAAUGACGCUCUUGGUAGCACGUUCAACUGGAUUUACUUUAUACCUUUGAUCGUCAUCGGAUCCUUCUUCAUGCUGAAUUUAGUUCUUGGUGUAUUAAGCGGAGAGUUUGCAAAGGAGAGAGAGAAGGUGGAGAAUCGUCAAACAUUUCUAAAGUUACGAAGGCAGCAGCAACUAGAACGUGAACUGAAUGGAUACGUCGAGUGGAUCUGUAAAGCAGAGGAAGUUAUUCUUGCGGAGGAGAGAACAACAGAAGAAGAAAAAAUGCAUAUAAUAGAAGCGAGGAGAAGAAACGCCGCGAAAAGAAAAAAGCUUAAAAAUCUUGGGAAGAGCAAAAGCACCGACACGGAAGAAGAGGAGGGUGAGGACGACCCAGAAGAUGGGUUUUCAAGAGCUUCCUACCUCAAAUCCAAGGUGAAAAACAAAGGUGCCUGUCUGGAGUUUUGGCGAGCUGAGAAGAGAUUUAGGUUCUGGAUAAGGCAUACAGUGAAGACACAGGGAUUUUACUGGUUCGUCAUCGUACUUGUGUUUUUCAAUACAGUCUGCGUUGCCGUCGAACACUAUAAUCAACCUCCAUGGCUCACCGAAUUUCUUUAUUACGCCGAAUUCGUGUUUCUAGCCCUCUUCAUGAUGGAAAUGUUCAUCAAGAUGUAUGCACUUGGACCGCGCAAUUAUUUGGAAUCGAGCUUCAAUCGAUUUGACUGCGUAGUCAUCUCGGGAUCAAUCUUCGAGGUGAUAUGGUCCGCAGUAAAGUCCGGCUCGUUUGGCCUUUCCGUCCUUCGUGCCCUUCGUCUCCUGAGGAUCUUCAAAGUGACAAAAUACUGGGCCAGCCUUAGAAAUCUUGUGAUAUCACUGCUCAACUCAAUGCGCAGCAUCAUUUCGCUCCUCUUCCUGCUCUUCCUCUUCAUUCUCAUAUUCGCCCUUCUUGGUAUGCAACUCUUCGGUGGUCAGUUUAACUUUGACACUGGAACGCCGCCCACAAAUUUCAACACUUUCCCUAUCGCACUACUCACUGUCUUCCAGAUUUUAACUGGCGAAGACUGGAAUGAAGUCAUGUAUCAAGGUAUUCAGUCUCAGGGUGGACACAAGAAAGGCAUGAUGUAUUCUCUCUAUUUUAUAAUCCUGGUACUCUUCGGCAACUACACCCUGCUGAACGUAUUCUUGGCUAUCGCCGUUGAUAAUCUAGCCAACGCGCAGGAGUUAACUGCCGCUGAAGAGGAACAGGAAGAGGAAGACAAGGAGAAACAGAAGCAGGAACUGGAGAAGGAAAUGGAAUCCCUGCAAAUGGUAGACGGGACUGCUCCAAAAGUCGAAAUAUGUCCGCCAAGUCCGACUCAGAAUUUUAAAAGCGGAAAGGGUUUUAAGUCUGAGGAAAAGAAACAAGACGAUGAAGAUGACACGGGACCAAAACCAAUGCUGCCAUACUCGUCUAUGUUUAUAUUAUCUCCUACAAACCCUGUGAGAAAAGGAGCCCAUUGGGUAGUGAACCUGAGGUACUUCGACUUUUUCAUCAUGGUCGUAAUAUCGCUUUCGAGUAUUGCGUUGGCUGCUGAGGAUCCAGUUAUCGAUGACUCUUAUAGGAACAGUGUACUCAACUACUUUGAUUACGCUUUCACUGGCGUAUUCACAAUAGAGAUGCUCCUCAAGAUCGUCGACUUGGGAGUUAUACUCCAUCCGGGCUCGUAUCUGCGCGAGUUCUGGAAUGUUAUGGAUGCAAUUGUUGUGAUAUGUGCCGCGGUAUCAUUUGGAUUCGAUAUGGCUGGUAGUUCGGCGGGUACGAACCUAUCGACUAUAAAAUCAUUGCGAGUGCUUCGUGUACUAAGACCUCUCAAAACUAUCAAACGAGUGCCGAAGCUCAAAGCGGUCUUCGACUGCGUGGUGAAUAGUUUGAAAAAUGUCAUUAACAUUCUCAUAGUGUACAUAUUGUUUCAAUUCAUCUUUGCUGUGAUUGCGGUGCAGCUCUUCAAUGGAAAAUUCUUUCAUUGUUCCGACGAUAGCAAAUUUACAAAAGAAGAAUGCCAGGGUCAGUACUUCGUUUUCGAAGACGGAAUGCUUCCUGAAGCAAAAGACCGAGAGUGGAAUACGCAGAGCUUUCAUUAUGAUAACGUCAUGGCGGCUAUGUUGACGUUAUUUGCUGUACAGACAGGGGAGGGCUGGCCCCAAAUCCUACAAAACUCAAUGGCUGCCACGUACGAGGAUCGAGGUCCCAUUCAGAAUUUUCGAAUAGAAAUGUCCAUAUUCUACAUCGUUUACUUCAUCGUCUUUCCAUUUUUCUUCGUUAACAUCUUCGUGGCCUUGAUCAUCAUAACCUUCCAGGAACAGGGUGAGGCGGAGUUACAGGACGGGGAGAUCGAUAAAAAUCAGAAGUCCUGUAUAGAUUUUACAAUACAAGCCCGUCCACUCGAAAGAUAUAUGCCAAAAGAACGAAAUAGCAUGAAAUAUAAAAUCUGGAGGAUAGUGAUGUCGACGCCUUUUGAGUAUUUUAUCAUGAUACUGAUCGUACUAAAUACACUGUUACUCAUGAUGAAGUACCACCGGCAGAGCGACCUGUACAAGAAUACACUGAAGUACAUGAACAUGUGCUUCACGGGGAUGUUCACCAUCGAGUGCAUUCUGAAGAUAGCCGCUUUCGGCGUAAGGUAUCACGAGGCGCCACCUAUUCUUUUGGACAGCUUGACCAUCGUGAACUUGAUCGUCACCCUACUUUUCCUCAUUGAGUGCAUCCUUAAACUCAUCGCCUUCGGAUGCAAGAAUUUCUUCAAGGAUCCCUGGAAUACAUUCGACUUUAUCACAGUCAUUGGUAGCAUCGUGGACGCAUUAGUAAUUGAAUUCGGGGAACGCUUAGCGCGUCUUUCAGAUAAUGAGAACCUUGAUCGGGCAAAAAUAGCUGAACUCGUCAGUGUCAAGUGUAACAAAAUCGAUAUCCGUACGAAAAAGUGCAAGGAGAACUUCAUCAAUGUCGGAUUCUUGCGGCUAUUUCGAGCUGCCAGGCUAAUUAAACUUCUCAGGCAGGGAUAUACUAUACGAAUUUUAUUAUGGACAUUCGUCCAGUCAUUCAAGGCCCUGCCAUACGUUUGUUUGCUCAUAGCAAUGCUGUUCUUCAUUUAUGCAAUUAUUGGAAUGCAGGUUUUUGGAAACUUGGCAAACGAUCCUGAGAUGGCAAUCGAAAAACACAACAACUUUCAAUCCUUUUUUGGCGGUCUUAUGUUACUGUUUCGGUGUGCUACUGGUGAAGCAUGGCCAAAUAUUAUGCUAGCUUGUGUAAAAAAUCGACCUUGUGAUCCAAAUGCAAAGAAAGAUGGAGAAAACUGUGGCUCUAAUCUUGCCUACGCGUACUUCGUAUCUUUCAUCUUUUUCUGCUCAUUUCUCAUGUUGAAUCUGUUCGUCGCCGUGAUUAUGGAUAACUUUGACUACCUUACUCGGGAUUCCUCGAUCUUGGGAGCUCACCAUCUUGAUGAGUUUGUGAGAAUAUGGGCCGAGUACGAUCCCAACGCUACUGGAAAAAUUCACUAUACGGAGAUGUACGACAUGCUCAAGAAUAUGGAUCCUCCAUUGGGAUUCGGUAAUAAGUGUCCAAAUAGACUUGCUUAUAAAAAACUCAUUAGGAUGAACAUGCCCGUUGAUGUUGACGGAAAGGUCAAUUUCACAACGACGCUCUUUGCCUUGAUCAGGGAAAAUCUAAGCAUCAAGAUGAGAAACGCCUUCGAGAUGGACCAAGCAGAUGACGAACUUAGAGUUACCAUACGAAGUAUUUGGCCUCUGCAAGCUAAGAAGAUGUUAGAUCUUUUGAUACCUAGAAGUGAAGAGCUAAAUAAAGAUAAGCUGACCGUUGGUAAGAUAUAUGGUGGUCUUCUAAUUCUCGAAAGUUGGAAGACAACGAGGUUCGGUCAGAUAGAAGGAAUCGGUGGUCAGCGUUCGACCAUAUUCAACUGCCUGUUGGACAUGGCUGGAGUGAACCAUACAGGGAAUAACCAUCAUGGAACCGGAAGUCGGACAAACAGUCUGGAGCCUCCAACGAGUCCUGACCAAAAACGAGGCUCCAGGUCAGAAGAAGAUGGCGCUCUUGGAAUUCUUGCCGCCGCCGAAAACAGACGUCAACAUAGCAUCAGAAAUAAAAAGAUGGACCUGCAGGACAUUGUGAUCAGCGAUUCGCGUGCCGGUAGCCUAGAGAGUCUUACACAUCCCGGUGAAAUGCUUCAUUCUCAUCAUCUGGCACAUCUACCUCGGCAUCAUUCUAGAUCUCCGAGUUUGAGGAGGCAUUCACCGAACUUACAUCGAUCACCUUCGCCAAGAAGACAUAGAUAUGAACAUCAGAAUCAGAUUCAUCACGACGGAUUGGGAUUUAGUGAAACUGUAAACAAUGUCGUGGAAAUUCAGAGGCAUACACAACAUCCACAUCUUUCGCAAUUUAAUCAUCGGCAUAAAAUUAGAGGUCCAUGGAGUGCAUCUACGAGUCCAGCAAGGUCACCUAGUCCGGUGAACAGGAUGGAUCACGAUCAUCAUUAUGGCACUACGAGUCUUGAUCAGCGUUCCCGAAGUCCAAGUCCGAUCGGUGGCAGAACGCCCGCACAUCCUCAUAAUCACUAUCAACAUCACCCGCAUCAACACAGUUACCCCGUUUUGGUACAACGAAGGGGUCAAGGUCGAAGGUUGCCACCUACGCCGAACAAGCCGUCGACCCUUCAACUAAAGCCUGCAAAUAUCAACUUCCCCAAGUUGAACGCCUCACCUACACACGGGUCACAUGUGGGUCACGUUACUGGACCGCAGCAUGGCCCAAUUCCGACCGUGCCUCUAGGACAUGGCCCUCUCAGUUUCGAGCAGGCCGUGGCUAUGGGGCGCGGUGGACGUAUGCUACCUAGUCCGGUACCGAAUGGUUACAAACCCCAACCUACCCUGGCGAAGCAGAAGACACCUAGAUCCAGGCACUCCGAUAGCGACGAGGACGAUUGGUGCUAGCCAACGUGAAAUCCUGGCCCCUGGUCCGGUGAAGAGUAAACUUUAGAAGUUCUUGCGAAUGGCGCCUGAAAGGAUUGACGACGAUUAUCGUAACUGCUUAUGUAAUCAGUUAAGGUAGUAUGGAUUCGGCUCAGAAAAUUACUUCCUCGAGAUUCGGAUGCCGCAAGACUAAAAUUUUCUGACCAGAGAUGUUGCGGAAGCAUCAGGCUGAGCUGCGCGUUUGCUGAAUCCUCUGAAGGAAAAUACUUGAAGAUAAUUGAUAGGCAAAUGAUAGAAAAUAUUUACAAAUUCAAAACAUGUGAAGAUUCUGGUGUACUUAAAAAAACUUUCGUCCUUUGUUUCUUUCUGAAUUCGUAUCUUUGGUAGUACUCCUUUUUAUAUGUCUUCUAAUUUUCAACUUUAGAAAGUUGUACAUACUUUUAAAGUUUUUUUAUACUUCUUGAAAUUAAAGUUCACUCGAUUCAGGGUUUCCAAAUAGUGGUUCGACGCCUACGAAUUUUGUUGAGUUUUCUUAAAAUUGUGUACAAAAAUUGCAGAGAAAUUUGCAACAUGCGAAAGAACUGUAACAUACGAAAUGUAAAAGUGCUCUUUUAGAAAAUAAUUUUUUGUAUUAUUCCGACAAGAAUCUAUUCUGGUUUAAAAGAUUUAUAUAAACCAAACAUUACGAAAAGUCACCAAGCUUUUAUAGUGAUAUCGUACCAACAUCUCUUGUGAGAUUCAGCAAUCUUCGCGAUAUUUUUCACCAAAACUAUUUGUAACACAGCGAGUACUUGGAUGAGUCACGCAUCCUUUAGACUGCUACGCAUUAAAACUUUUAAAAAAACUAUAAAAGUAUGCCGGAACUGUAAUCCGUGAUGGCUUCAAUACUUUCACUUAUUGUCCGGGGUUCCUUAGCAAAAGCAAAAAAGGUCUUCAACGAGUUUGUAGUCGAUCUGGAGCAUGUCUUCAAGAGCACUUAUAGACUAGGUUACAUUCAAGCUUCACUGUGCCAGAGAUUCGUUUUCCGAAGGAAACAAAACUAUGAAUGAUAAUCGGAUAUCCGCACCCUGGUAGAUCAGUGAAGUCUUCAGUCGAUUCAGUACGACAGUUUAUGAUCAAAGAUCGAGUAAAAUAUACUGUGUAUGUGUGUA